AUCAAAUUCUUCCAUACCAAAAUGGCGACUCAGCGUCAAAUAGUGUCGGAGCACGAAUGGGGGCAACGACACACGCAGGCGCUGCGAGACACGGCCGAGUCUCUCCAAUUGGGGAGAGCAACGGCGCACACUCUCAGCAUGCAGGCAGAGCAGCUUGGCCGCAGCGAAGGCAUGGUAGACGAGACCCAGGCCACCGUGGACAUGUCCAAGCGUGUUCUCCGCGGAAUGACGUGGUCUGGUUGGUUUUACAACAAACUCUCAGCAGCUCCGCAGCUCUCGAACAGUAAAGAACCACAUGAAAUUGCAAUGGGAUUUAUUUGCCCAGAAUGCAAAGUCAAAUUUCAGUCAGCUGAUCAGCUUGGGAUGCAUUACGGCAAUGUCCAUGAGCCAACGUCGAGUAAAGAGCGCAGUCCCCUCAAUUUGGUGGGGAAACGACCUGAUAAUGGUCACUUACAGCAGCAGAAUCGUGCGGUAGAGUCCAUUGAAGACAUCCAUGAUAAAUUUCUUCGCGACUUGGAGCCACAACUUGCAGAGCUAAAACUGCAGUCGUUGGCAUUAGGGAGUGCACUGGAUACACAUAACGAGCAGUUGGAUCGAUUGGACUCAAAAAUUGGGCGAGUUCACCACGACAUGAAGAAAGUGGGGAUUCAGGCCAACAAGAUCAUGGGAAAGAAAGUACCCGCGAUUUUCCGCUUUCGUUGUGCAUUUCAAGAGGUCCAGACGGGAAAGUUUUUGCGUGAUGUAGACGGAGAGGCACUGCUAAGUGCUGACAUUGUAGUUGAUGGCUGUACAUUUCGUGCGUACACUCUGGGAGACGACAGUGAUGUAUGGGGUUUCCAAAGUGAAAAGUCAAGUAACUUUUUGGGUAUCAACCGAUACGGAAACUUGAAAGUGCAAGGAGUCGAUUUCAACUCAUACGAACAAUUCCUCGUCGAGUCCAAGGCAAGCACACCAAUUUUCUGUUUAUCCAGCUACUUCGGACUAGGCGGCUGGGUCGCCGUCAAAGAACCAGUGAAUGAUAAACUCACUAUCAUCCGUGGUUCACCCGAAAACAAACCAGCAGCAGCUCACUUCAGGAUCGUAAAUUUGGAGGAUGGAAUUUAUGACACAUCGAGAAAAUAAGUGAAAUUUAUUAAGUUUUGUAAAAUCUCCCAUUCUACCAGAUAAAAUGGUGGUGGUCAGCC